GCAAGAUUCCCCGGGAAUUUGGAAACCUCUCAUUUCUUGUUUCUCUUGACUUAGUACGUAACAAUUUCCAUGGUAAUUUGCCUCAAGAAAUGACACACUUGCAUCGACUCAAGGUUCUUGAUUUAAGUUUCAACAGCUUCAGCGGGGAGGUUCCUUCUUGGUUUGGGUUUUUACAGCAACUUCAAGUUCUAAAUCUUAGGAAUAAUAGUUUCACUGGCUCUCUCCCAUCUUCUUUUUUUAAUAUUACAAAGCUUGAAUCUUUGGAUUUAACAUUCAAUUCCUUAGAUGGUCAAUUCCAAAAAGAGAUUAAAGGUGUUGAAAACAUGAGAUAUUUAAGCUUGUACGGAAACAAUCUCAUAGGCUCCAUUCCUCCGUCACUCAUGAAUGCCUCAAGAUUAGAGACUUUGGAUUUAUCUUUCAAUUUACAUCAAGGAAAUAUUCCAGAAGGAAUUGGCAAUCUACACAAUGUAAACUGGUUGGGCAUACAAUAUAAUCAACUUGCCGGUUCUAUACCAUUCACAAUUUUCAAUAUUUCUAGGAUUGAAAUCAUUGAAUUUACUGGCAAUAGCUUAUCAGGAAGUCUUCCCCAUGGUUUAUGCAAUGGUCUCCCAAUACUCAAAGAGCUUUAUCUUUCCGAUAACAAGCUUCAUGGUCAUAUGCCUACAAGUGAAAUACCCAAAGAGAUAAGGAAUCUCGUUGAGUUGGAGAUACUUAGUCUUGCAUUUAAUAGUUUUAGUGGUUCACUUGAAAUGGAGACCUUCAACAUAUCAGGGCUGAGAGUAGUUUCUCUUUUCAACAAUAAUCUAUCAGGAACCCUCCCAUCGAACAUAGGUUCUAUCUUACCCAACAUUGAAGAGCUUUAUCUGGACAGCUUAACCAAUCUUGUUGGGACUAUUCCUCAUUCUAUCUCCAACUGUUCAAAACUUACAAUUCUUGAGCUUUCAGGCAACAAACUUGCAGGCUUGAUCCCCAAUUCUCUUGGAUAUUUGACUAUCUACAAAUCCUAA